AUGACAAUGAUCGGAAGCGGCGGCGGCAAACCCCAGCUGCCGUCGCCCACGCGGUUUUCGGUGUCUAUGUUGCCUUCAACCGCCGUGUUCAGCUUCUGCUUGGUCUUCACAAGCUCUCUGUUGUCAACUCUGAAGCCUCGCCUCUCUUGAAACUUGAACUCACCCGCCUAGAACUGUAUUCCUUGCUCUCUAAACGUACCUGCGCUCGGCCGAUUGCUCGCAGAAUAUACAAGUCAAGCCGGAGACAUCUCCGCAAGAUAUACCUGAGGCUGCACAAAAAUAUCUAGACGACCAGUCAACGCUCUGGAGUACAUGGAGUCCAAAGUUCUCGUCAUCUACACCGGUGGCACAAUCGGUAUGCUCACUGGCGCGCACGGAUUCGUGCCCGAACCCGCCUUCCUGACGCAGACUCUACGGAGCCAGGCGCGCUUCCACGACCCGCUUCAAGACUCGCUAUUCUCGCACGCAGCAAGCGUCGAAGGCUUCCGAACAUGGAGCGGGCGCGCAUCGCCCGUGCAGCCGUCUCCACCCCAAUCGCCAACAUCUGCCAACGCCCGCGCGCUUGACGGCCCCACCCUUCGCGUGCGGUCGAAGAGGCCGAUCGUCGGCGCGGCGCCCACGCCGCCGCAGAAGAGAGUGAAGCCAGACACGAGGGACCAAGCGGAGGCGGGCGAAGAUCUCAGGAGAGAUGACAACGGCAAGCAAGACGAGGACGACGACGGCUACUACGAAGCGCAUCUUCCCAGUCUGCUCAUGCCUGCGACGGUGGUCUCGAGCGGGGCGGUGCGCAAGGCGAUGCGUUAUGCGAUUAUGGAGUGGCACCCGCUGCUGGACAGCAGUAAUAUCGAGAUGAAAGACUGGAUCCGCAUCGCGACAGAGAUCGAGCUGAACUACAAUCUCUACGACGCGUUCGUUAUUCUGCACGGCACAGACACGAUGUCGUAUACUUCGAGUGCGCUCAGCUUUUUGCUUGAAGAUCUAGGGAAGACGGUGAUCCUGACCGGCGCACAAAUCCCAUUAUCCCAGCUACGGAAUGACGCGACAGACAAUCUGAUGGGUGCUCUGCUGACGGCAGGUCAUUAUACCAUUCCGGAAUGCUGCCUCUACUUCAACCAUACCCUAUAUCGCGGCAAUCGCGUUACGAAGGUCUCCUCUGAUGAGCUCGCUGCUUUUGACAGCCCGAAUUUUGCGCCUUUGGUCAAAGUUGGCAUCGAUAUCGUCGUCAACUGGAAUGACGUGAUCCGGCAGACGAGCCUGAGGCGGUUCAAGGCUCACAAGGAUCUCAGCUCGAAAGUCGUCACCAUCCGCCUCUUCCCCGGCAUCACCGCUGCCAUGAUCUCCGUCUUCUGCGCUCCGCCCGUCCAGGGCGUCGUCCUCGAGGCCUUCGGCGCCGGCAACGCGCCCAAUCGGCAGGAUUUGCUGCAGGCGAUCCGUGAUGCUUGCGACCGUGGUGUGGUCAUCGUGGCGAUCUCGCAGUGCACGAAGGGUUCGGUGAGCGCGGCGUAUGAAACGGGGAUCGCGCUGGUGAAGGCGGGGGUGGUGCCGGGAUAUGAUAUGUCUCCAGAGUGUGCUCUAACCAAGCUCAGUUACCUCUUGUCGAAACCCGAGCUCUCCCCUGCCGCUGUCCGGGAGCUGAUCCGUACACCUCUUCGUGGUGAACUCACCCGGCCUGAAGGCGCGCCUGCCAUAGCUGGCGAACCAGGAGGGCUGGCGGGUACGCUCGAGAACGUGCAACGCGCCCUCGGGCACUUUGCGAGACUAGCUCGACCAGGUGGAGCGUUGCCUGCGGUAACUGUAACGGCCGACGCCGAUGCGGAUGGUCGGGACACGAAGGACGCAGGCGCGCCAUGGUCUUGGACAGCAGCAGAAGCGGGCGCGACGGAGGCAGUCCUCGUGCCCUCCCUCGUCCACCUAGCCGCCGCAUGCGGAGACGCCGAGUGCCUGCGCUUCUGCCUCGCAGAGGCGGGGGCGCGGCUCCCCGACGAGGACUCGCCGAUCCCGAAAGACGAGGACGUGCACGCCGCGCAGAGCGCGCACUACACGCCGCAGGUGCCCCAGUACGGCACGACGGGCGCGGGACUGGCGAACGCGCUGGAGCCGGGCGUGGGGCGGACGCCGCUGCAUGUUGCCGCGCUGAAUGGGCAUGGGCAGAUGGUGGACGCUCUGCUGCACGCGGGGGCGUUGGUGCAUUUGCGAGACGCUCUCGGACAUACGGCGCUGUACUACGCCGCGCGUCAAGGGCACGGUGAAGUUGUGCGACUACUGGUACAGGCGGGGGCAACGCUGGGAGGAACGGAUGAUAUGUUCGCUGAGGUAUCCGUGAAGGUGGCGCAAAAGCAAGGAGACCAGCACGCUCUCAACGUCUGGGUAAUGGCAGGGGUACCGGUACGGGAGGAAAGCCAGAUGUGAUCCUCUUGGGCAAUGUGCGCACGCGUUCUUCAUGACUUGUUCUGGUGACAAGGUGUUGACAGCCUUUUGUCAACAGCUUGGACCUGCUUGCAACGGUAAAAGGACCGAGCGAGAGCCUCUCCGUGUUAUGUGUAGGCAUCAACAAUAAACGCGAUGGGUCACGCACUUGGCUUUGUUUGUUUUCACGUGGUUGAUUGUAACACCGGUCGUGCACCCCAACGCAACUUGACCAUUAACCACCACGAC